UUUUCGAAACAAUACAACAGUAAUAAUUGAAAAUCGAACAUCGAAUUAACAAUUGUAAAAGUAUUUCUUGAAAAAGUGAUAUUAUUUUAAUUUAUAACUAAUCGAAAAUGCUAGCCAAAGGGAGAGUGUUGAAUUUUUUGAAAAUCCCGCCGGCCGCCAUUUUGGAAAACUCCAACCACAGCAGGCGAUUAAGCACCGAAGACGUGUUGGAAAGAGAAAGAAAAUACGCCGCCCACAAUUAUCAUCCCUUACCCGUUGCAUUGUCCAAAGGAGAGGGAGUCUUCCUGUGGGACGUAGAAGGAAAGCGAUACUUCGACUAUCUAAGCGGCUAUUCAGCCAACAACUUCGGUCACUGUCAUCCCAGCAUAGUAAAGGCCAUUCAACAGCAGAGCGCCAUUUUGCAUCACACGUCCAGGGCCUUCUUCUCGGACGUUUUGGGCGAGUACGCCCGAAUCGUUACCCGAUUGUUCGGCUACGAUAAGCUAUUGCCCAUGAAUACGGGAGUGGAAGCGGACGAAACGGCCUGCAAACUCGCCCGCAAAUGGGGCUACCGCAAGAAGAACAUACCCAAAAACCAAGCGGUCAUCCUGUUCGCCCAAGAAAACUUUUGGGGACGGUCCCUCGCCGCCGUUUCCGCCUCCACCGACCCCACCAGCUACGAGGACUACGGACCUUUCAUGCCCGGCUUCAAAAUCAUCCCCUACGAUGACUUGAACGCCCUAGAGGAGGCGCUAAAGGACCCGAACGUGUGCGCCUACAUGGUGGAGCCCAUCCAGGGGGAGGCGGGCAUUAGGGUGCCCAAACCUGGAUACCUAAAGGGGGUGAGGGCGUUGUGCGACAAAUACAACGUCCUCUGGAUAGCCGACGAGAUCCAGACGGGCCUGGGCAGGACGGGCAGGCGUUUGGCCGUCGACUACGAAAACGCCCGACCGGACGUUUUGGUGCUGGGCAAGGCCCUAGGGGGCGGCGUCUACCCCGUCAGCGCCUGCUUGGCUGACGACGAUGUUAUGCUAGUCAUGGAACCCGGGACGCACGGUUCGACGUUCGGCGGCAACCCGUUGGGUUCCAAGGUGGCCAUGGAAGCGCUGCGCGUCCUCGAAGAGGAAAAGCUGGCGGAAAACGCCUUCGAAAUGGGCGAAAUUUUCCGCGACCAGUUGACGCGCGACCUCGACAAGAACGUGGUGACCCAGGUCAGGGGCAAGGGCCUGCUCAACGCCAUCGUCAUCAACAGAAGUAAGUCAUCCGAGGCAGCGUUGCCGAAGUUAUUAGUACCGAUAUUCGACGUUGCCGAUGCUUGGGACGUGUGUUUGAAAUUGAAGGAGCACGGAGUUUUGGCCAAGCACACGCACGAGGACAUCAUCAGGUUCGCGCCCCCGCUGGUCAUAAAUAAGGGACAAUUGGAGGAAUCGGUUGAUGUCAUAAAGAAAGUCGUCAACAGUAUGGGGAAAUAAAUGCGCGUUUUAUAAGUUUAUGUUUUUUUUUUCAUAUAAAUUAUGUCAGGUUGUGAAACGUUGGUAUAUUUUUCUGAUAAAAAAAUCGAUUCUUUGAUGAGAUAAUAUUGUAUGUAUCAUUUCAUGGAAUAUGUAAAAGAGACGAAUUAAUUUCAAAAUAA